AUGGGGAAAGAAAUAGGACUUAAUCGUAAAUGUAUCUUUCCCAUGUGUGUAUCGAUUUCAGACUAUUCAUCAUACUCUUCAUCCAACAUCAAUAUUCAUCCGAACGCUGGAUGGCAACAAUAUGGUAUUACUGUAGCUGGAGGAAAUCAACAAGGAAAUAAAGUCAGUCAGCUCUCUUACCCAAGCGGUUUAUAUGUUGAUGAUGAUCAAACAAUCUAUGUGGCUGAUACAUUGAAUCAUCGUAUUAUAGAAUGGAAAUGGAAUGCAACGAGUGGUCAAGUAGUUGUAGGUGAAGCUGGACAAGGAAGUAGAGAUCAUCAAUUGAAUCACCCAAGAGAUGUGAUUAUCGACAAAGAAAGAGAUAGUCUCAUCAUAUGCGAUCGUGGGAAUGGAAGAGUAGUUCGAUGGCCUCGUCGAAAUGGGACAAGUGGAGAAACAAUCAUCUUCAACAUCUAUUGUUGGGGUUUGACAAUGGAUGAGAAUGGAUCUCUCUAUGUCGUUGAUGAGGUAAAAAAUGAAGUGAGACGAUAUCGAAGAGGAGAAUCUGAAGGAACAGUGGUUGCAGGUGGCAAUGGAUAUGGAAAUCGUCUCGAUCAACUCUCUAGGCCACAAUACGUAUUCGUCGAUCGAGAUCAUUCAGUGUACGUAUCUGAUUGCAACAAUCGUCGUGUGAUGAAAUGGAUGGAAGAUGCAAAACAAGGCGUUGUCGUGGCUGAUGGUCAAGGACAAGGAAAUGGUCUUACCAAAUUGUGUUGUCCUGCAGGAGUCGUUGUCGAUGAAUUGGGCACUGUCUAUGUGGCUGAUUAUGUGAAUGGUCGAAUCGUACGUUGGUCGAAAGAAGGCACACAAGGAAGUGUUAUUGUUGGUGGAAACUGUGAGGGAGGACAAUCGAACCAACUUUAUUGUCCUAUGGGCUUGUCAUUCGAUCGAAACGGGAAUCUUUAUGUCGUCGACUGCAAUAAUCAUCGAUUACAAAAAUUCAAUAUUGAAUAG